AUGGCCGUCGACACCGCCACCCCCGUCUCUCCAAUUCCCAUCCCCGAGCUGACCAAGAUCACCUCCGAUGCCUGCGACAAAGCCCUGCAAAGCGCCACCGAAUACGAGCACUCCAAGGUCGGCGACUGGAACUCCCAAAUUAUCAACACUGUCCUGAAAGCCCUCAUCGCUGCCACUGCCCCGUCCGACUCCUCCAAGCCCGCUCCCUACCGCUUCACCGUGAACAGCACCAUCGUGCAACAGGGCGUGAUCGACAAGACGGCCGCUGCCGACGGUGCGCAGGGUAAUGCCGGAAAGCGCGGGAUGCACUCCGCCUCUGGCGCGUUCUGGGACGUGAACCGCGACGGCAUGUGGACGUUCAAGUACCCCGGUGCGGAGGAGCGGGGGCUGGAUGUUGUGGUUAGUGUGACGUGGUUUGCGCUACCUUGA